GGCACCAAUGGUGACCUACAGGUGUACGGACUGGUGGCCUGAUUGAGACACCAGCCCAACACCAAAAACUUGUCUCUAUUCCCCAUUGCAAUAAAGUAAUUCCAUGGGACUAGCUGGUGUCCUAAUGUAAUACAAUAUGGACCUGAAAUAGAGUUGAAAUAUUGACUCUAUUAGUUCUAGUUACGAAAUAUUGAAUAGCUUCACUAUUUAACAAUAGAACUGUAAGAACUAUAAAGAUAAAUCCAAGUUGAAAAAAAUUUACUCAUUCCAGUAAAAUUAUAUGAAAGGAAAGUCAAUCAACAUUUUUGGGGGGCUAAGCCCCUCUUCAGCCGCCUAUGAAUGUUGUGAGGAGGUUGGCAGCGCUAUAUGAAUAUAGUUGGCAGCGCUCCUCAGUUUUCAUUGCUCAUUCAUUACGCUUCGAGCCGGCAACCAGUCAACACACGCGUCUAAUAUUCUUCAUCAAAUCCGUGUAGUUUUGCGCGAUAUAUCAUGCGUCCGGCUGUCACGAAAUCAAACCAGGGAGAGGACAUCACUCUCGAAGAGGUCGGCCAAGGAGAUGGAGCCAUGGUGAUCCCGAUCGAAAACCAACAACAAGAAGCUGAUCUAGUUAUGGAAGAGUUCGAUGGAUCCGGCGAUCAAGAAAAUGUUCCGGGAGCACAAAUUGUUCAUCCAUGGAACUACGACGCAGGACAUCCACCGCAGGUACGCCAUCUCCAAGAUUCUGGCUGCAUUGUGACCAUCAUCUUGUUUUUCUACAUGAUCUGCCUCUUCGUUGCCCUGGUCAUCGAUAUUUGGCAGAGAAAUGACUUAAAAGGUUUCUAGAUAUGCGGCAGCCGUCAAUACUACUUCUGAUAUACAGCAGACCAUCAUAUGCAUUUAUGUGAAACCAUCAUAGAUAACUAAUAUUAACAACCGAAACUUGUACUGUAUUUCAAUAAAUUUAGUAUGGACUAUAUCAUGUCAUUUUUAUACAAUGGACAUCCACAACAACACAGAAAAUGUUACGAUUAGUAUUCAAUGAUUGCUCAUCUGCUAUACGAGUUGAUCUGAUAAGAAAUCUUAUAAGAAUAAAGUAUUUCAAUAGGGCU